ACGAUUCAAACAUAUCACAUUUGAUUAUGUUUUUUCCUACACAUUAGCCGCAAUAUAUAAAAUAAGCUUGAACGAUGAAUAGUGUCAAAAUCUAUGAUGUAGCGAGUAUUUCAAAACGGAAAAAGUAUGACAAUUUGUUUUGGGUCCAUCAUUUAAAAAUUUGGGAAAUUACCGGACUGCCCUCAUAGAUGGAGAAGGAGAUCCUUAGUCUCUUAUUUAGAAAAUUUAAUUCACGACCAAACUUUGUUUUAAAAUUUUUAUUUAAAAACUUGUUUAUUUCACUCUUUGGCAGUAUUGCAAGUGGUCAAAUGGAUCACUCAUUAUCUGUGCAAUCUGUCAUUCAACCUCAAAACAACACACAAACAAACAACCUAACUUACUUAUUAAAAACACCCCCCUCCUCUACGUCUCUCUUACCACAAUCCCUCUACAAACUUUCUCAUCCCACCCAAAAAAUGGUAGCAACAACAGACAUUUGUGAUGCAAACUCAAGCCUACUUUCAACAGGAGAGCUUAAAGUACUCCUUCCACUCUUCCAAUCAUACGGCAAACGACGGGCCUUUCACGGGCCCAUCGUUACCGUUAAGGUCUUCGAAGAUAACGUUUUAGUCCGAGCCUUGUUAGAGUGUAAGGAUUAUGAAGGGAAGGUGUUGGUAGUGGAUGGUGGAGGAAGCAAUAGGUGUGCUCUUCUUGGUGGGAAUUUAGGGCAGAUUGCACAAAACAAUGGUUGGGCUGGGAUUGUUGUGAAUGGAUGUAUUAGAGAUAUGGAUGAGAUUAAUGAGUGUGAUAUUGGGGUCAAAGCUUUAGGGACUUGCCCUGUUAAGUCUAAUAAGAAAGGUUUGGGUGAUAAACAUGUUGUGGUUCAUUUUGGUGGGGUUGUUAUUAAUGAUGGAGAUUGGCUUUGGGCUGAUGGUGAUGGUAUUUUGGUCUCUAAACAUCAACUCUCUACCACAUCUUCUUGAUAAGUUUUGAUUUAUCAGGAUCAAUCGAAAAUAAUCAUUCUGUUAUCACUGAUAAUGAUAUAGUUGCGUUAAUCUGACCCGCAAACCUCACUUACGUGGAAGUCAUUGCAAGGCGUUAGAGAUGGAUAUUCAAAUUAAUCCAAUCCAUUUCUUUUCGAUUUACUCUUUUGAGGGGCUGACUUUCAGUAAAACGAGCUCAAGAUAAAAAGUUUAUAUACUGAUAAUUUAUAUUAAUAUGAGCUGUUUAACCCCAUAUAAAAUGCUGUCUCACGGUCACAAACAAAAUUUUGUGUUUCAUUUUUAUUUUGUUUGAAUUAAGUUGAUUAUGUCUAAGUUGGUCAAUUUUGAUCUAAUUGUCCAAGUAGUGCUAGUACUUGAUGUUCAACUCCUUUGUUAUCCAAUUAGAAGAAUAUGUAUGAUAUUCAACUAUUGAUAGAGAAGAAUUGUUAGGAAUCAUUAUAGUUCCUCCUUUGUGCUCCUUGCUAAUUAGAGUACUUUAAAGUACAUUUAUCUAUUUACUUGAUUGCUAAUUAAAUUGUGUAUAAAAAAACUGUAUAACAUGAAAUAUACAGCAAAAUAUGCGGUAA